AUGGAAACUUCAGGAGACGUCCUUGGAUCUCCUUCCCUGGAGGGGCGGGAGGCAGAAUCCCUGCCCCAGUCAGGUCUGAACGUCUGCCUUCCCUCGCAGACUUCAAAGUCGGCCUCUUCCCCUGUCUCCCCCCCUGCGCAGGUCCAGCUCAUCCACGACAACACCACCCCGACCACCCCCGCCACCCCGGCCACCUCGCUGUCCCCCACAGAGGGGGCUAAGAGCCCCGGGGAGCAGGUCCAGAGGACCUGGACUGAGAAGUGUGACGGCGAGCCUGCCAAGCCGCCCGGCGCCGCGACACCAGAGGGCAUCAAAGACAUCUUCAACAUGAAGCCCGAGUGGGAGAACCUGAACCAGUCCAAUGUGCGGCGUAUGCACACAGCGCUCCGGCUGAAUGAGGUCAUCAUCAAGAAGUCCUCAGAGGCCAAGCUGGUCCUCCUCAACAUGCCCGGGCCUCCCAAGAACCGGACAGGGGACGAGAACUGUAUCCUUCACACAGACAGAAGUAGGAUGUGUUCGGUCAGGUAA